AUGGCGAGUCCACAACAACCAUACGAGGAUGGCGGGCCCGAGGGUGCCGCCUACGGACAGCAGCAACAAGCACCCGCGCCCGCAAACAAGAAGAAGAAUCGCUAUGCUGGUCAGGCCUACGAGUUCGGCGCCGGAGCCAAUUCGCAGCAGCCGGGAGGUCCACCACCCCCAGGUGGAGCAUAUCCCGGCCAAGCAGGACCUGCACAGCCCGCCUAUGGCUACCAACCGCAGCCUAUGGGAGGUCAAGCACCUUAUGGUAUGCCUCAACAGCCAGCGUACGGCGAUCCCGCGACCCAGAGCCCCGCUCCUCAAAUGGGAGGCUUCCAGCAGCCCCAGUACGGCGCCCCCACGGGCUACGAGGCUCCGGCACCUGGCUACCCAACACCCGUAGUGCCCGGGAUGCAGCAGCCGCAGGGCGUUGCCGGCAUGACACAGCAAUUUGGGCAGAUGGGCAUGGGCGGACAGCAGCCAGCACAACCUCCGCAGCAGCAAGGGCAAGGCGUACCAAUGCGCCUGAACCCCCUGCAACCCGUGGAUAUCAGCCUUCAGGGCCAACCUUUCCACGUCAGCGAUCUCGACCAGGCGCCGCCACCAAUCAURCUCCCUCCGAACUCCUCGGUUACACCUUCCCCGUUCGCUAACUGCUCGCCCAAAUACGUGCGAUCGACCCUCAACGCCAUGCCCGCUACCAACUCUCUCCUCAAAAAGAGCAAGCUUCCAUUCGCCUUGAUCAUUCAGCCAUAUGCUGCGCUCCACGACGCGGAAGAUGAUGUUCCCAGCUUUGAUUGGGACAGUAUCAAACAGCAGUCCGUGGAUAGAUGGCAGCGACCGGAGUUGAACUAUGCCGUGAGCGAGUUUGUAGCUCCUCAGGAGUACAUGGUACGCGCUCCGCAACCAUUGAUUUACCUCUUCCUGUUCGACGUGAGCUACGCUGGCGUAACGAGUGGACUCCUUGCGACCGCGGCGAGAUGCAUUCUUGAAAGCUUGGACAGGAUACCAAACACCGACCGCAGGACACGGCUUGGAUUCAUGGCAGUCGACAGCUCCCUUCACUACUUCAGCAUUCCGCACGAUGGUGGCGAGAACAAUGAAGCCAAGAUGCUGGUAGUCAGCGACUUGGACGAGCCUUUUCUGCCUACCCCCGAGGACCUUCUCGUCAACAUGUCAGAAUGCCGUGCAAACAUUGAGAAUUUCCUUACAAAGUUGCAGGGCAUGUUUGCCAACACACAAAACGCCAGCUCUGCCAUGGGCUCGGCGCUCCGAGCCGGGCACAAGCUCAUAAGCCACGUCGGUGGCAAGAUGGUGGUUCUCUCGGCGACACUUCCAAACAUUGGCUUCGGCAAGCUGGAGAUGCGAGAGGACAAGAAGCUCCUUGGGACUUCAAAAGAGAAUGCGCUCCUGCAGACGGCAAACAGCUUUUACAAAAGCUUCGCGGUCGAGUGCAGCAAAACGCAAGUUUCGAUCGAUAUGUUCCUGUUCAGCGCACAAUAUCAGGAUGUGGCCAGUUUGAGCAAUCUGCCAAGAUACACGGGUGGUCAGACUUAUUUCUACCCGGCCUGGAACGCUGCGAGGACAGAGGACGCCAUCAAGUUUGCGACAGAAUUCAGCGAUUACCUGUCGUCUGAGAUUGGACUGGAGGCCGUACUCCGUGUGCGCACAACAACCGGCCUGCGUCCGAGCGCUUUCUAUGGCAACUUCUUCAACCGCUCUAGCGAUUUGUGCGCGUUCCCUGCCAUGCCCAGAGAUCAAGCAUACGUUGUCGAGAUUGCAAUUGACGAGAGCAUCACAAAGGCUUUUGCAUGCUUGCAAGUUGGUGUGCUACACACAACUUGUAAUGGCGAGCGGAGAAUCCGCGUUAUGACGCUCAGCAUUCCUGUUACUCAAAACAUGGCAGAUGUGUAUGCUUCUGCCGACCAGCAAGCCAUCACCGCCUACUUCUCGCACAAAGCUGUUGAGAGGGCUCUCAGCAGUGGGUUGGAUGCUGCCAGAGAUGCUCUGCAGGCGAAGAUGAUUGAGCUUCUCCAGACUUACAAGAAAGAGCUUGGUGGUGGCAACAUGGGUGGUGGCGGGCUACAAUUCCCAGCAAAUCUGCGAGCACUGCCUAUGCUGUUUCUUGGAUUGAUGAAAAAUCUCGGCCUGCGCAAAUCUGCCCAGAUCCCUACCGAUCUGCGGUCCGCUGCUCUGUGCCUCCUCUCCACACUUCCACUUCCCCUUUUAAUCCAAUACAUAUAUCCUCGCCUUUACUCCCUGCACGAUAUGCCUGAUGAUGCUGGCCUCCCCAACCCGGAAACUGGAGCCAUCACCAUGCCCCCAGCGCUCAACCUCACCUCCGCCAACAUCGUGCCUUUUGGGCUCUAUCUCCUCGACGAUGGCCAGACACAAUUUCUGUGGCUUGGUCGCGAUGCCGUUCCGGCAUUAAUCAACGACGUCUUCGGUAUUGAGGACAAGAACCAACUGAAGCAGGGAAAGACCAGUCUACCGGUACUGGAGAGUGAAAUGAACGAGCGAGUCAGGGCUGUGGUGGCGAAGAGCAGAGAUCAUGCCGGGAAGGGCUGCGGUAGCAUCUGCGUUCCGCCACUUUAUCUGAUCCGCGAGGACGGAGAGCCGAGUCUGAGGCUGUGGGCCCAGACACUUUUGGUGGAGGAUCGUGCGGAUCAGGGUGUUAGCGGAGGAAUGUUCUUGGGAACUUUACGGGACAAGGUCGUCACUUAG